UGCUUAUCGCCAGCUUACAACAACAUACGCAGAUUGACGACGGUCGAAAUAAUCAAAGGUCAGCAACAAAGGCCGCCAACUCACAUUGAAGCCAAUCUAAGUCUGUGAGAGCCGUAGCCUCAUCUGGGAUCUUCUUCAACAGCCAUCUACCACAAGAUGCGCCCGAGGUAACACAAUGGCCAAGGCCAGGACACCGGGCUCUUCUCGCGGCAGGGAGGAAGCCAGCCAGAAUAGCAGUAGUAGCAAUAACAACAACAGCAGCAGCAGCAACAGCAACAACACCACAAGAUCACAGAACGAAGAAGAGCACGGCCUAUUGUCAGCCGCUGGCCAGGACUCCGACGAUGGCUACGACGACGCAGAGGAAGAAGACGGUCUGAUCGUGCACCAUACGGACAACGGACUCCCACACUCGGCUCUCUCCAAGGGCAGCGGCAACGGCUCAGUACGAACUCCGAGAACACCGAAUAGAGUGCGCUUCGACCUCAAUACCACGAGCAUACCACCGCCGGCGAACGGCCACAGUGGCGCAGACAGGCGGAGCGGCGAGUAUGACGACGACGCCAUUGAGCUCGGCGACCACGAUCCCCUCGAUAGCCCCUACAGCCCCUCGGGUCGCGAGACGUUCAGACAGCCGCUCCUGACGGGCAUCGAGGCCCCGUCCGUGACGCUGGCGAACAGUGCCUGGGGCGACGAUGUGAACGAGUGGCACGAGGCGGAACAGUCGCGGCCCAAGUCGGGCAUGAGGUCUGCCUUCAUGAACAUGGCCAACUCCAUCAUCGGCGCCGGCAUCAUCGGGCAGCCCUACGCCUUCAAGCAGGCGGGCCUGCUGGCCGGCAUAGUGCUGCUCGUUGGGCUGACCAUCGUGGUCGACUGGACAAUACGGCUGAUCGUCGUGAAUAGCAAGCUCAGCGGCGCCAACAGUUUCCAGGGCACCGUAGAGCACUGCUUCGGCAAGACUGGGCUCAUUGCCAUCUCCAUUGCGCAGUGGGCUUUCGCUUUCGGCGGCAUGGUCGCGUUCGGCGUCGUUGUAGGUGACAGCAUACCGCACGUCCUGCAGGCUGUGUGGCCGGGACUGAGUGAUAUACCUGUCCUGGGGUUGCUGGCGGACAGGAGGGUGGUCAUUGCCGUCUUUAUUUUAGGUAUCAGCUACCCUUUGUCCUUGUACAGGGAUAUUGCAAAGCUGGCGAAAGCAAGCACGUUUGCUUUGAUCAGCAUGCUCAUCAUUAUGGUCACGGUCAUUGUACAGGGAGCACUCGUCCCCAAGGAAGAUAGAGGAUCAUUCAGCACACCUUUGCUCACGGUCAAUGGUGGCAUUUUCCAGGCUAUCGGAGUCAUCUCUUUCGCAUUUGUUUGCCACCACAACUCUCUACUUAUCUACGGCUCUCUCAAGACUCCCACCAUUGACCGCUUCGCCCGUGUCACGCACUACAGUGCUGGCGUCUCUAUGGCGGCCUGCAUGCUUGUCGCACUGGUGGGUUUUAUUACCUUCGGAGACAAAACUUUGGGAAAUGUGCUCAAUAACUUUCCCUCCGACAACUCCAUGGUUAACAUCGCCCGUCUCUGUUUCGGUCUCAAUAUGUUGACGACGCUACCACUUGAAGCCUUUGUCUGCCGUGAGGUCAUGUUCAACUACUGGUUCCCGGGCGAGCCAUUCAACAUGCAUCUCCACCUUAUCUUCACCUCUGCGCUGGUGGUCAGCGCCAUGACUAUAAGCCUGAUGACGUGUGAUCUCGGCGUGGUGUUUGAGCUUGUGGGCGCCACGAGCGCUUGCGCUCUGGCAUAUAUACUACCCCCACUGUGCUACAUCAAGCUCAGCACCCGCAGCUGGAAGACCUAUGUCGCCUGGGCAGUUGUGGUGUUCGGGAGCGCAGUCAUGGCCAUCAGUCUGUUCCAGGCCGUUGGGGACAUGAUAACAGGCGGCGGCGAGCCUGUCAAGUGUAUGUAAAUGCAAGCACUUCUGUAAUAACAUUACGACAAAAGCUUCUAUAGAGGUCCCAUUUGAUUUUUCCAAUACCAGAUCUGGUUCUAGAGGGCAAAGCAUAGCAUAAAGAAGGCGAAUUGAAUUUCUUACCAACAGACUUAC